AUGUCAGAUACAGUUAAAGAAAUCAAUUUAUUAGCAAGAGAAUUGAAAUCACAUUUAAAACAAUUCCCAAAUUUUCCAAAAGAAGGUAUAUUAUUUGAAGAUUUUUUACCAAUUUUUACAAAACCAGAAUUAUUUAAUAAAUUAAUAACUGCUUUUAAAUUACAUCUUGGUGAUAAAAAAAUAGAUUAUGUUAUUGGAUUAGAAAGUAGAGGAUUUUUAUUUGGUCCUACUUUAGCAUUAGCUUUAAAUGCUGGAUUUGUACCUAUUAGAAAACCUGGUAAAUUACCUGGUCCAACUUAUAGUGUUGAAUUUAAAAAAGAAUAUGGAUCAGAUGUUUUUGAAUUACAAAAAGAUGUUAUACCAAAAGGUUCUAAAGUUAUAAUAGUAGAUGAUAUAUUAGCUACUGGUGGUUCUGCAUAUGGUGCAGGUGAAUUAGCUUUACAAACUGGUGCUGAUAUCUUACAAUUCUUAUUUGUUAUGGAAUUGGAUUUCUUAAAAGGUAGAGAUAGAUUACAAGCACCUGCUUUCACAUUAUUUGCUGGACAAGAAGAACAAUAUAAAGAUUGA